AUGGCAACUCAACAGGAGAAAAAGAGUUCCAAGAGCAGACACAAGAGCAAGGAGCCCACUCAUUCUCACAGUCAGGAGGUCCACAGCAAUGCUAAUCUAGCAGCAAUUAUAUAUGCAGAGGAUAUGCAGACCCCUAACUGCCUGAUAAAGAGAGAUGAAAAUGGUUACUCUGCAGUGGUAGCUGAUUUUGGCCUGGCUGAGAAGAUUCCUGAUGCUAGUACAGGGAGUGAGAAGCUGGCUGUAGUGGGCUCACCUUUCUGGAUGGCACCGGAGGUUCUCCGAGAUGAGCCUUAUAAUGAGAAGGCAGAUGUGUUCUCUUAUGGUAUCAUCCUCUGCGAGAUCAUCGCCCGCAUCCAAGCUGAUCCAGACUAUCUUCCUCGCACAGAGAAUUUCGGGCUGGAUUAUGAUGCUUUCCAGCACAUGGUGGGAGACUGCCCCCCAGAGUUUCUACAGCUCACCUUCAACUGCUGUAAUAUGGAUUCCAAACUGCGCCCAUCCUUUGAGGAGAUUGGAAAGACCCUGGAGGAAAUUAUUAGCCGCCUACAGGAAGAAGAGUUGGAAAGGGACAGGAAGCUGCAGCCCACAGCUAAAGGACUGUUGGAGAAAGUGCCUGGAGGGAAACGACUGAGUUCACUGGAUGACAAGAUUCCCCAUAAGUCUCCACGUCCAAGACGUACUAUCUGGCUGUCUCGAAGCCAGUCAGACAUUUUCUCUCGUAAGCCUCCACGUACAGUCAGUGUCUUGGACCCCUACUACCGGCCACGAGAUGGUGCUACACGUACUCCCAAAGUCAACCCUUUCAGUGCACGCCAGGACCUCAAGGGUGGCAAGAUCAAAUUCUUUGGCCUGCCCAGCAAAUCUGUCAUUUCCCUUGUGUUUGACCUGGAUGCACCAGAGCCUGGAACUAUGCCUCUAGCUGAUUGCCAGGAGUCUCUGGCUAUGUCUUCCAGACGGUGGCGUUCUUUGCCUGGUUCACCUGAGUUCUUGCGUCAGGCUUGUCCAUUUGUGGGCUGUGAAGAAUCACUAUCUGGUGGGCCUCCACCACGACUCAGUAGUCUCAAGUACAGAGUAAGAGAGAUCCCACUUCUGACACCAUUUUGUGGAGCACGGGGCAUCUCAGGUAAGGGUCCAAUGGCCCUCUCCAACCAGUUCUUCUGUGAAGGAAUAUCAACAGUCCACAAGUCUGACUGUGAUGAACUCUCACAACCUGACACAGUUGAUGAAGAUGAUGAAGAUGGUGAAUGA